AUGGCCGAACCGAUUGGUCCAGAAGUCUACCUUGCCAUCGCGACCUCUAUGCAAAAUGCAGUGAACAACUACAGAGACAAGAAACGCGUUGAGCAGAACAACAAGCUCGCUAUCAUCAGUGCUGAUAGCUCAAAGGCGAGCCUUACCUUACCAGCGCAUGAGUCGCUUUCGUGUUCGGGGUUGAAAGUCGGCAAUGAUGGCUAUGUGCAAUGGGCGAUGGAUAGUCCGGCGCAUCCGAGGAAUUGGUCGAGGGAUAGGAAGGCUUAUGACCUUGGCUUGAUCUUGUUCUUGGAGUUCUCCAUGAGCGCCGUUAGCGCCGGGGGGACUCCAGCGUCGUUUUACGGGUCGGGGGUUCUGGGCCAUGGGAGGGAGGUGGGACUCGUUGGUUUCACGACAAUGUACCUGCUCGGUCAGGCACUGGGUGCUUUGCUAAUAUCCCCAUACGCCGAUAAAUUCGGACGCAGGACGCUGUAUAUCGCUUCAGCGUUCCUCUACAGCGUCUUCUGCCUCCCAGUGGCCGCAACUUCAAAUAUCGCAGGCGUCUUCGUCGGCCGUUUCAUCACUGGUGUCAUCUCCGCUAUCCCAGCCAUCACUACUCGUCGUAGCAUUGAAGACCUCUUCGGCACUGAAGGGCGCAUGUGGGCCUUCUUUUCCUGGGCAUUGGCGACGAAUCUGGGUCUCGUUCUUGGGCCCAUUUAUACGAGCUAUGUUGCUGUCUCGCUCAACUGGCGCUGGCCUUUCUACCUCGCAACCAUCAUCGUGGCCGUUACGGGCAUGCUGAUGUACUUCAUCCGCGAGUCGCACACCUCCCGGCUCCUCGAGCGCAAAGUCGCCGCUAUCCAGUCUCACCGUGCAGACUUGAUCCUCCGGACUGCCCCGGUGACCCCCCAACCCUCGAUCUUCCAGCCAGUGAUCUUUUUCUUCACCAAACCGAUCAUCUUCCUCUCAUCAGUAGCCAACGCCUUCAGCACCGCUCUCCUUUACCUCUUCGCCGUCGCCUUCCCACUCAUCUACGCACACUACGCGUGGAACAGACAGAAGACCACGCUGAUCUUCCUGUUCAUUGCUCUCGGUCUCUUCUUCAGCACGCUCACUCGCUUCCACGACCGCCACGCCUCGCGUCAGCACCGUCUUACCAACCGCCGCCUCGCCCCAGAGAAAGGUCUCCUCGGCCUCGCUAUCGGGGCACCAGUGCUGGCGGUGGCACUGUGGUGGUUCGCAUGGACCAUCCCCGGCGUGCACGUGAAAGUCGUCGCAUGGCCCGCUUCCGCGAUAUCUCUAAUCCUCCUCGGAUACGGUGUAAACGAACACUCCACCGUGCUCCCCCGCUACAUCCUCGAAUCCCACACCAAGAGCGAAAACGACGCCGCGAGCGCAUUCGCCGCCCUGCUCGCCGCACGAGCGCUCCUCGGCGCGGUCUUCCCCCUCUUCACGCAGCACAUGUUCGACACCCUCGGCGCCAACCCCGCCGCGAGCGUCCUCGCCGCCAUCGCCACGGCAUCCUGCCUCCUCCCUGUCGUCCUCGCCAUGUUCGGCGCCAAGCUGAGAGGAAGUGGCACAUCAAACGGUACGGACGAUGAUGAUGGUCGGGACAGCGGCCGGGAGGUGCGGGUCGAGAAGGUGGCCGGGCCGAGAAAGACGGUCCGCUGGGGCGACGAGGCCGGUUCGGGCAUCGACGACGGCGACGACGGUUCGGAGGCGAAGAGCGAGGAUUCGACCGAGGGCGGGAGAUCGGGAAGUUCCGAGAUGGCGAGGACGGAGACGGGGGGCGGAGGAGACGGGGCAGACGUCUCGGAGAUGUCGAGGGCGGUGACGGAGACGAAGGUUGCGAAAAGAGAUUUGGCAAACCCUGAUGUUUCAGAGGUGGAGACGAAGAAUGAGAAUAAGGACGGCGUCUCUCAGAUAUCGAGGGUGGAGACCCGGAAGAGCGAGAGCGAGACCCGGAAGAGCGGGGAUUCUAAAAGCGCUCGGGUUGCCCGGGCGGAGACGAAGGGUUCGAGCGCUGGUGGUGGUGCGGACGGUGAGAAGAAGAAGAAGAAGGAGAAGGAGAAGAGGAGGAGGAAGGAGAAGACGAGGGUCGAUGGCAGAGAUGACGGCGCGGCCGGAUUCUUGGGCAUGGAUCUGGAGAGGUUGGCUGUGUUUCCGUAUUUCUAG